GCAUUCAAGUUGCAUUUGGGGUGUGUUGGAAAAACGGAAUACCUUAAAUGAACCAAGUUACCCUGUAGACCCAGAGACUGGUUUCAGGAAACUCCGAGCUCCCGUAAUUAGACAUUUUAGUAAAUAUUUUGUCAGUUUAAAUACCAGAAAGGUAUUAUUUACUUAUAUACACCGUCAGGGGUUAAAAAAACAAGGAGCACUUCAUCUGAGCGUUACGGUAAUUUGGAUCAAGUGUAGCAUCUUUAUUGGCGCUCCGUUUGACGCUCCAUUGAAAAGGAGGAGGAGGGCAUCUGGAAGCGCGGUGUCUGCAGCAUAAUUAAAACAUGGCGGACUCGGAGGAAUUUAGACUUAAACGUUUAAAGCAUGAGGAGCAGAUGUCCCGGAUGUUCGAUGAAGUGAUGGGGCUGGGAGAGUUUGCAGACUCCUCCAGGGGCUCUGUGGCUUCUUCCAAGAGUGGCGGUCAAACAGAAUCCAAAGGCCCAGAAGAAACUAUAGGACAAGGGGAAAACCAGCAAGUUGAAGAAGAUAGCAAUUCAAGCAGACAGGAGAAAAAGACAGAGGGGACGGAAGAGACAAGUCUUCCGCCCAUAGCUGCAUCCUCUUCUAAAAAACCCUCAUUUAAUAUAGUAAGGAGUGAAAGAGGAGGUGGGGGGAGUGGUGGAGCGGCCUUUGAUGAUGCACUGGACGGCCUCCCCUCCUAUGGACCUGAGGAGGAGGAUGAGGACUGGCACUAUGCCCUGCCAAUGGGCUCUCUGGAGGAUGUUGAUGUGGGUAAGGCCAGCAAAAUAAGUAAAGUUGGACAGGAGAACAGUGCUUCCGGGGUCGCCCCGUUAGCUGGAAAAGCUGUAGCUGAAGAGGAAGAUCAACAGAAUGAUGGGAGCGCUGAAUCUGCAAACACCUCCCACUCCUCCCAGGACCACACCCAGGACAACAGCAGAGUGUUAGAUGACCAAAACCAGGCAGAGGAGACCCAAGACAGUCAGCAGGAAGAGACAACAGAAAAUGCUAAUCCCGGGGCUCGUAAUCCCCCGUCUCCCAAGACGACCAUUAAAGAUGAGCCAAUCGAUGAAGGCUACGAUGCUGCUUUGCUUCCUCAGACCUCCAGUAAGCAAAUCAAGGAGGAGCUGGAACAAGAGGAAGAGCUGAGGAUCAGCUCGGUCUACUCUGUAGGAGGAGGAAACAGCUUCACGUCUUCUUCCGUGCCUGCAGUCAUUUCAGCCCCAACCCCGACGCAUAUUUUAAUCCCUGGCAGAGGGGCGGUUCUCCAGGCCAUGGCUUCCCUCCCAGUUAGGCCACAGCUUCCAGUACAAUCUUCGAUACCCACUUUGACGGCGUUCCCGCCACGCCCUCCACCACCUGCCGUUCCUGGCAGCGUUCGCUGCAGCGGCUGUGCCAAGGUUUUGCUGAAAGGACAAACUGCUUUCCAAAGAAAAGGCUCAACGCAGCUCUUCUGCUCCACGGUCUGUCUGACAGGCCAUCUUCCACCAAUUGCUAAGGUUCGAACGUGUGUCCAAUGCAACAGAGAGAUAGUUCAGCCCAGAGACAUGGUCACAGUCCCAGCAGAAGACGGCACAAUCAUGCCUUUUUGUGGCCAGUUUUGCCUGUCUGUAUUCAGACACAAGAAGAAACACGUGGAUAAAGUAGUAACUGAUAAACGCAAUGAGAGGAAGCCUGAGAAGCCACCUGAAAAACCAGUAGAACGUCUGCCUGAAAAACCCUCCUGUAGUAUCUGCAAAAUCACCAACAAGCAAAUUGAGCAUGAGGUCACCCAUCAAGGAAAACUGCACCGACUCUGCAGCGACUCCUGUUUUCUGACCUGGCGCAAACUGCGUCAGGUGGCCAUGAACUGCUGCGAAGGCUGCGGACUUUAUUGCAGUAGCAAGUCUGGUUCCUGUCAAACGCUGACGAUUGAAAAAUCUCAGCUCAACUUCUGCAGCUCCACCUGCAUUGGCACCUAUAAACAGGCAUGCAGAAAGUCUACAGAGUGUGCCAACUGUCACAAGACAGCUGUGGUUUCCUCUACCAUCAUGGAGCGGGACCAAAAGGGUAAAGUUCAGCUGUACUGCUCUAAUGCAUGUGUGGAACAGAGUCACCCGGCCCAGCAUAACCUCACAGGUACUCCUUUCCCUUGCGGCCAGUGUAAAGUUCCUGCGGUUCCUCAGUACCAUCUCGCCAUGGUGGAUGGCACCAUUCGGAACUUCUGUUCCUUAGCCUGUGUGACCACAUUUAGGAAAUCUUCCCUUUCAUCUCAGCCUGAUCUGACCAAUGGAACCGCCUCUCUCAGGGAUCCUCCCAGUAAAGAUCUUCCGAAGCCAGGAACCUCUACUGCAGCCACCGGAGCCACAUCAGUCCCCCCCAUUCCUCAGGAUUUCUCCUCCUCAGUCCCGUACCCUGGACAUCAUCCCAGCCACACAUCAGUGCCCCCACUAGUGCCUCCUCAAUCGGCCGUGUCCACUCCUACUGUCCCUGGACAGGCCCAAGCUAGAUCCCCCCUGGAGCAGCCUCUUAAACCAGUGGAGGAUGGGCUCAGUGAUGCUGUCAAACUCACCUGCUAUCAGUGCAGCAAAAAGUUCAGCAGCAAGCCACUACUUCUCACCCACCAGGGCCGUAUUUCUUUGUUCUGCAGUAAAGGGUGCUGUGAUCAGUAUAACAUCCAGAAAAAUGUCCUCACCAUGUGCAGCUGCUGCAAAGAGGAAAAGAUCCUCUAUGAGGUCACCAACCUCGGUCCACAGGAUGUGUUCUUUUGCAGCGAAAAUUGCAAACAGACCUUCAAACAGGAUCGCUCCCUGCGUCCCUGCUCCUACUGCUGUAGCCUCGGACAGAAGAUGAUGAUCAGUCACUAUGGAGGGAAGAUUGAGGAGUUCUGCAAACCUCACUGCAUGUCCCAGUACACCGUGCUUUACUAUGGAAUGGGUCGGUGCGAUGGCUGCAGGAAGCAGGGGUACAUGAACGAGAAGCUGCAUUGCUUGGGCUCGGUCUGUAACUUCUGCAACAUAUCCUGCCUGCUGCAGUACUGCUCCCUUCACUUCGAAACAGGUCAACACACUACCAGCACCAACGGCACAGCAACUGCCCCACCUGUGCCAUCCGCUCCAGUGCAACCUCAUCACUCCACGAAGAUGAAUCCCGUCAUCGCAGAUGUCGUCUCCUUAGCCAACGGUUCAGCCUCUCAGCCCAGUGGGUCGGCAGAUGCAGCUCUGACCGGAGAGUUUCCAACCUCCAGCGUAGAUGGAAAGAACCUCGAUCACGCCAGCACACAGACUGACGCCAUGCGUGCGCCGGCGCCACGCCGCCGUCAGAUGAAGAACAAGUCUGUUCUGUGCCGACCUUUCACUGUGGACCAGGAAAUCAUGUGCGAGCUGCCGUCACCUCCCGCAGAAUCAGAAGCUCUGCUAGAUGGCUCCUUGCAGUCCAACCAACCAUCCAGAUCGCCAACAAGAUCUCCGAAGCUCCAGGGGGAAACCGACCCGAACAAGCUCACGCCAGCUCGCCUGACGGGGCGCCACUUCCUGGGUAGAAGGGAGGCGGAUUCCAUCUGCAUGGUGUGUUCCCAGCGAAGGAAGAGAAAGCUGGAUGAAGAGGAGGCGGGUCGGAAGAAGCAGAAGAUGGAGGGUGACGGCGGUGAUGAGCCAGAGGAGGAGCGUCACAAUUCUGAUGGCGAGAAGUCUGAAAUAGACUGUGGCAGAAUGGAGAGACAGACACAGUUUUACUGUAAGACAUGUAGUGAAGAGCCCAGCCUUUGCCCUGUGCCUUGUUUUGAACUAUACCACACAGAACCUAACUACGAAGCGCCAGGUGAGCCUACUGAGUAACCAAAAGACUGUAACUUACACCAAUAAACCUGUUUUAAAGCUUAUUGAUGCCGUUUUCAUGUGCUGUCUUCAGUAGUGGGAAUACAUACUGACUUCUUUCAGGGGUUGAGUUUGUUUCUCUGCAGCUUCCUGAUCUGCUGCUUUCAGAAGCCUUCCUCCUGCGCUGAAAACUGCAUCUUUAAAUAUUCCAGUUUGGUUUCACACUACUCAGUCUGUACUGAUCCCAAACCACAGUGUAGGCCUGUUUUUUUUUUCCUUCAUCUUCAAUAUAUUUUAUUUAUAAAUACAGGGAUCCUACAGUUUUGGAAAAUGAGGAAUGUAUUUUUUAAUUUUUUGCAAAAUUCUGCAGUUUGCUGUAUUUUUUCCUCAUGACCCCUCAUUGAAAAUAUGACCAACAAAUUUACUAAAAAAAAAAAAGAUAAUUUGAUAAACCGGUCAUACAUAACGGGAAUUUUGAAGCCAGUUAGAAAAAUAACCUAAUAGAAACAUUUUGAUGGGAUUUUCCUCAGCAUUGUGGGCUGACUGAAAGUAGACAUUCUUUAAUAUAACACAAAUAUAGCAUAAAUGAUGGGUUAUCUUUUCAUUCCUUGUGUCGUUACACUUGGUAGUAUAUAAAUGAUGUAUUAUAUAGUAUGUAAAAUUGCAAUAAAAAGCUUACAAUAUAGAUGUGAGCCAAUUUAACAAUUCUCUCAAUUUUUUUUAAGCCAUUAAAUUUGAAUGCAUCACUGGAACUAUUUGCAACAGAGAUCCAAACCAUAUUAUUUCAAGGAAUUUAUAAAAUGUACUUUUUGGAGAUAUUCACAAUUAAGAUGCUGUUGGUGUAAAAUCAGCUGGAGAUCUUCCAGCAUUUGUGUCCUGGAGAGGCUGCAAAUAUUGCUGCUUUGAAACUCUUUGGAUUCCUGAGGAAAAGCCUUCCUGAAUAGGAGAACUUUCCAGAGUGUAGGACAACAAAAGGAUAUAAGGAAUCCAGCCCUAAUCAAAUGCAUCACUGUUAAAGAUGUGAAAGAAGGAUUUUAAAGCUUUAGAAUCCUGUUUUUAUAGGGCUUAAAAUGCUACAAUAUUUGCAGCAACAGAUCUUAAGAAUUGAACCAUCAUCACUAUAAAGAAGUGUUGGAUCUUGCCACCUUAAUAUUAAAUUGUCAAACCAUUUGCAAUGCAAGGCUUAGUGAGAUCUCAUUUGUGAUAAAGGUUUGCAGUAAAGUUUGAUUAGCAUAGCAGAAUAUACCAGUAUUAAAACACUGACCAAAUUUAACAAUUAGGUUUUGGGAGGAAAUCAUCUUGGGAAAUUAUUAGAUCUAAUAAAGAUUUUUCAGUGUAACAAAAUUAUGUUAAUCCAUUUUGACUGCUGAUCUCACAAAACGUCAUACUCUUUCACCAGAAUGAGCUCAUCGUAUUCUGAUAUAAAGGAUCAGAACAAUAGAAUUUUAUCCUUAGCAAUUAUCACCACAAAACCUUUGAAGAUAAUGAGAAAAAUAAAUUAGUUGUAUGCUCAAGAAAUAAUAUACGCAAGAGAACAGAUUGGUUUCUAGACAGUCAAAUAAUUUCUAUUCCCAUUUGUUUUAUAGUAUACACAUAAAUAUUCAUACUUUGGCAGUAAAUCAUUGCUCUAUAAAGUGGGUUUUUGCACAGAUGUAGAGCUUUAUUGUUUUGUUCCUCACUUCUACUGAACCCCUAACUGUGUGAAAGCUGUAGAAGCUCCCAUCAUUUGUAUUUAUUAGGACACUUUUCUCUGUAAAUUCUUAAAUUCUGAAAUGAAAAGCAUAUGUAGGAACCCUGUUAUUAAGUUUGCAGUAUUUGGUCUCCACUCUGCUUGGGACAGGAUCUCCAUGGUUCGCUGUAUUGUAAGCAUAGUUUUUAUUAACAUUUAACGGUUGAGGGCGAAAUACUUGAAGGGCUUCCCAGAUUCUCAGAGCCUACUGUAAGAUAUAAUAAAUUGAAUACCUCAUGAAAAUGUCUGAACACAUCAACACUUCAAAUGUCUGUUAUGGUGCAUUGUCAGCUCUUACUUAUUUUAUGUCAUGCACACAUUUAAAAAUGAUUACAUGUGUCCUUUAAAAGGGGCAACAUUAUUUUAAUUCAGGUUUUUGUGAGCUUUUUUUUUUUUUCAUCCAGUUGUUUGCCCUGUGCCAUGUUUAUUUUCUGAGAACUAUUUAAGUGUUAAAUUGGUUCCCUGUCAUGCUUAACACUAAUGUAUGGUGAGCUUUGCUGAAUUUUACAGAAAAUGAAUCAUGGGUUUGUGUGUGGAAUUGUUUUUUUCAUCCAUAAUCCAUGUCUUGAGUUACGAAUGAAUCCUAACUGGGAGAUUGUGUAAUCUGAGCUGGAACCGAAAAGUUUGAAGUUGUGCAUCAAACACAGACUGUCACCUGUAAUUUAAAGUCAACUGUUCUUGCUAAAGUUGAUGUGUUUCUGUUGUUACAUUAUGACCAUUUAAGUUACAGGGAAGUCUUUGCAGCACCUUCCCACUAAUGCAUCAGAAUUCACUCCAGCUUUGUAUUCAAAUGGUAAAGUUUACUUUUGACAUCAAAUCUGUUAGCUGGGGACUUGUUCCUAAGUGAAUAAUAAUAAAAAAAAAAAAUUUUUAAAUAG